AUGUUUCUCACUGUCAGCCUAGUUCUGGUAGCUCUUGGAGCUUUCUACGUUUAUUUGGUAUGGAAUUUUGAAUAUUGGAAGCAACGCAAUGUGCCUGGACCGGAACCAACACCCCUGCUGGGAAGCUUUCCGUCAUUCAUCCUUCGCCAUCGGCCCUUUAUAGACGAGAUGGACGAAAUUUACAGAAAAUAUAAGGGCAAAUAUAAUUUUGCCGGAGUUUUCAUGAACCGUUCGCCCCGAAUAUUCAUUUUAUCUGCCGAACUUGCUAAAGAUAUUCUCAGUAAAAAUUUUAAAAACUUUCACGAUAAUGAAUUUAGCGAAACGGCAAGUAAAGAAACAGAUCCUAUUUUGGGUCGGCACCCGUUUAUGCUCGAAGGCGAGGAGUGGAAAGAAAAACGGGCCGAGAUAACGCCGGCCUUCACCACAGCCCGGCUGAAGCCACUCUUUUCCAAUGUGGAAACUAUGGCGGUUCGAAUGACAGAGUAUAUCAAGAAACACGCCGGAUCCGCGCUAGAUGCUAAGGAACUGGCGGCGAAAUUCACCACCGAUGUAGUUUCCAGCUGCAUUUUCGCUGCCGACGCUCAAUCGUUUAGCAGCGAAAAACCAGAAAUUCGAGAAAUGGGACGAAGAAUAAUGGAACAUUCGUUUUUCUCGUUCGUACUUCUGCUCUUUGUAGGAAUAUUUCCAAAAAUUGCAAACAUGUUAAAUAUCGGUAUUGUUUCCAAAUCGGUGGAAAAGUUCUUCACCAACUUAAUGUCGAAAGCGGUUCAGCAUCGUGCGAGAAGCGACGUGAAACCUGCUGACUAUCUUGAUUAUCUAAUCAAUUUAAAGAACAGAAAAGGGUUAUCUGAAGUAGACAUGGCAGCUCAUGGCGUGACAUUCUUCAUUGACGGAUUGGAAACAUCUAGUGCAGCUAUAUGCUUUGCUCUGUAUGAACUGGCAAAAGAUGCGAACAUUCAGCAGCGUCUUCGUGAGGAACUUUUGCAAGUCACAAACGCUGAAGGGACAAUCUCGUAUGACUCCCUACUAGCUCUGCCAUAUUUGGAUCAAGUUCUCAACGAAACGCUGCGAUUGUGGCCUCCCGGUGCUUUUAUGUCUAAACGAUGCACAGAACCAAUCGACCUGGAGCUGACGCCAAAUCGAAAAGUUCCCAUAGAAAAAGGCGUCUGCGCAAUCAUUGACAUCUGGUCGAUUCAUCGUGAUCCUGACUACUACAGCGAUCCGCUCGCUUUCGAUCCGGAACGAUUCAGUCCGGAAACCGGCGGCACAAGUCCGUACCAAGAAAAAGGCUGCUUCUUACUGUUCAGCGAGGGUCCUCGGCAGUGUUUGGGUAUGCGCUUCGCACGAAUGCAAGUCAAACGUUGCAUCUAUGAAGUGAUCAGGAAUUUUCAGGUCACGCUGGAUCGGAAAACCGGUAGCCCACUGCAGAUCGAUCCGAAACAGUUCCUAACCGUGGCACUCGGAGGAGUUUGGUUGAAGUUUGAAGCAUUUCAACAAUAGACAGUGGUUUUGACCAGAUAUUAUUACAACGUAAUCUUUUUUCUAAAAUCUGGAUUUACAAAUGGUCGCAUGAAUAUAAUUUAUUUA